AUGGCUGACAAUAAGAAUGACGAGAAUUUAUCAAGUUCAAGUGAUGAAGAUGAUUCAACAACAAGUUCAUCAAGUACAUCAACUGAUGAUGAUGACGAUGAUGAUGAUGAACAAAUUGAUGAAGAAUCUGAUGAUAAUUUAACAACAUUAACUCCAAAACAAGCGAAACUCAAACAACAUCAAAAAAAAUAUCCAAUGUUAUUAAACAAAUUGAAGAUUAUGAACAACGUUUAA